AUGUCAUCAUCCAAAGUAACAAGAAACAUCUCGAGAAUCAGCAAGCUGACGGCAAAGCCCCGCUUCCGAAGUACAAUCUCAAGUCAAGUGGCCCCUUCAGAGGAUGAAAACUACACGAAAGGUUUCUAUCCCGUCUACGUGCACCACGUAUCCAAGGUAGCAUUGGAGCGCCUUCAGAAGGAUCACUCUUCCUGGAUAGAGUCGAAGGGUCUUGAUAGCGGGCUUCAUAUUAAUCCAAAUGGGACUUUCACGUUGAGCUUUCCCGCAAAAGAAGGCUUUGAUUCUGGCAGAAUUUGGACUAGCUAUGAUUCGUCCAAAAAGCAACAUUGGCUCUCUGUCUAUAGGCACAAACUGGCGGUUCGUUUCUUGUUGAAGGACAAUGGUCAACUUACUGGACAAACUGAUUCGAACAGGAUGUCCUCGCAAAUUCAUGCAGCCGUGGAUCAGAUGUUACAUUCGAUCGAUCGGGCGGAAGCAAACAGAUCGUCUUGA